AUGGGAUCAUCAGAAGAGUCACCUGAUUUUGAUGAAUCGUUUGAAUCAUCAAAAGUGAAUGCAAGGACUGUUUCAUUUGCUGCUUCAUUGUCGAUAGAAAACAGAGAUUCGACAUCAGUAUCUUCAAGAUCAUCAUCAAUGAGAGCCAAAGAAUACGGUGAUGAGAUGCCGAUUAAGCCUACCAAGGAAGCAAUGCAGAAGAGAGAAACAGCACAAAAGGUUGCCCUUCAAGCACUAAGAGAUGCUUCAGCCACCGAAAAUCUAGUCCGGUCCCUCAAGAUGUUUUCAAACUUAAGCAAAACUGCGAAAUCAGAUGCACCGGCAGCCUGUUUCGAUCAGUUCCUGGAUUUUCAUACCCAAAUUGUGCAAGCAGUAGCUGAAAUGGUGUCCAUUCAAGCAGCAACAGCAACUGAAAUGGCCCAAACCCGGAACACAAAACAACCUGAAGAAGACUCCUCCAUCUUAAAUGAACUCCCUCACAACUCCUUGGACCCGAAAGCAUCAUCCAAAAGAAGAAAUGUACUCUACAAAUCAAUCGCAUUGUUUCCUGAACGAAGUGAUCAGAAGACAAUCUUAGGGAAGCAUGUGAGAUCAUCAUGUCUCAAGGUGGUGCCCACUCCUUCCUCUUCCGAAAACGAUGAAAACAAGAAACCAGCUACUUGCUGCAGCCUUGGGAAUACGAUCAAGUUGGGGAGGCAGAUUGAGACCGAAGCGGGAAACUGGUUCAUGGAAUUUCUUGAGAAAGCUUUGGAGAUGGGUCUGAAGAAAACGAAGGGGAGAGUAGAGGGAGAUGCGCAAAAAGUUCCUCAGUCGCUUAUAUUGAAAGUUAUCAACUGGGUGGAAGUCGAACAGUGUGAUUCUAGCAAAAGGCCUGUGCAUCCUAGAGCGGGGCAGGUGGCCAGGAAGUUAAGGAUCAAGAUGAAGAAUCCUUGUAGAAGAGAUUGUGUUUAG